UCAGAUACGGGAUCUGAAGGCAUCUGUGCCUGGAGCCACGGACGAUAGAUGGACAAGCCAAGCAACUUCUGACUCUGCAUCGUUUUCCGGGGCAAAAUUCGAUGGCCAUGUAUCCCACAAGGGUGUCCGGUGAGGAAUGUAAUGGGAUCAACAGCAUGUCGGCGGAGAGCGGCCCUGGAACGCGACUGAGGAAUUUACCGGUGAUGGGGGACGGACUGGAAACCACCCAAAUGUCUACGACGCAAUCCCAGGCUCAACCUCAGCCAGGCAGCGCCGUAGGCGUGAAUCCCCCACCGCCGGAGACCUCCAACCCCAACAAACCCAAGCGCCAGACCAACCAGCUGCAGUAUCUGCUCAAGGUGGUGCUGAAGACGCUGUGGAAGCACCAGUUUGCGUGGCCUUUCCAGCAGCCCGUGGACGCCGUCAAGCUGAACCUCCCCGAUUAUUAUAAGAUAAUUAAAACGCCGAUGGAUAUGGGAACAAUAAAGAAACGCUUGGAGAAUAACUACUACUGGAACGCUCAAGAAUGUAUCCAGGAUUUUAACACGAUGUUUACAAACUGCUACAUCUACAAUAAGCCAGGGGAUGACAUAGUCUUAAUGGCAGAAGCUCUGGAAAAACUUUUCUUGCAAAAAAUCUCCGAGAUGACCCAGGAGGAGACGGAGAUCGUCAUCGCGCAGACGAAGGGAAGAGGCCGCGCGAGGAAGGAAGCAG